AUUAUCUAUUAUAAUUUCUCGUUUCAUCUAUCAUGUCACCUAAAAACUGUCACCGAGUGCCCGUACAAAUUUUAUAGGCGGUUCUUGCUGCCAUGCACAAAAUCAAGACUUCCAGAUCUUGACAUGCGGUGAUAGUUUUCAGAUCAACAAACAAUAAUCAAAAAUUUUUGAAGGAACCUCUCUCGGCAGUAUUCUGAAACAUCUGUACGGGCAUAAAUCAAAAACUUCCAUUUUCAUUGCAAAUUCUGACUGUUAUUCUUGGUUCUUACCGAGAUAAGUCUAAUCGUUGUUGAUUUUUAUAUACAAUUUUAUUGAGCAAUCAUUUGAGAUGACUGACGAUACGUCUAUCGAGGAAAUCAGAAAGGGCGUUUCUGAACUGACGGUGCUUUCGUUCAGGAAGAUUGACGACGUGAAGAGAUUGGCGAAGCAUUUUAAAUAUGUCAUUGACAAUCCUAAGACGCAAGAGAAUCCGAUCGUUUUGCGAUAUUUGAAGAAUUUGGACGACACCCACAGGAGGAUUUUCUUAAAGACUCGUGAUGGUGUGGAAGUGGAGUAUAUAUUCACGACGGAAAAGAAGAGCAGCCUGCAGAGGCAGAGGUUUAAUAGCCUUCCAGUUAGUGAGGUGCCUGAAUUGCUUAAAGCCGAGCUGACGGUGGAGAAUGCGAAGCAAGUGCACAUUUGUACGGAUUGUAAUGUGGAAAUUGAGAUAAACGAGGAUGAGCCCUUGAUGGAAUCGCUUCAGAAGCAUUUCAAUUUGGACGUCCAUUUGCCGAAGCUGAAACGCGAGAGCAUAGAUGUCGCGGAGCCUAUUAUAUUGCCUAACAUGUCGAGACGUCUGUCGGCCCUCGAAUGCGGCGAAACGCCCAAUCAUAAUAUUGAAUUCAUGCAAUUAGUGAAGCCGAUGGAGAAGUUGGACAAGAUGUUCUCCGGGAAACUUGAGGCGUCGCUCAUCAGACACCUGCCAGAUAACUCUGAAGCCAGCAUUGACGGUGCCGUCAAGUUCUACCAAGCUGCCUACGAUAAACUGUGCCUUGAUAUCAACGCGAUCGACUUCUCCGGCCAAACCAGUUCGGUGGCACCGAUUAUCAUGAGUAUUAAAGACAAUGUUAAUCAAAAUUUCGCAACCGACGCCAAUAAGAAUUUCGAAAAUGAAGAAAGCGAACAGGUACCUGAGAAACCCGCGAAGAAUGUUGUGAAAAAGUAUCGUUAUUAUGGAUCUAUUGAAUGUUUAAUCGUGAAACUUUUGAAUAAUCAUAAACUGCUUACAUUGGUGGAUGACCGUACGGGGAAGCUGGCGUUCUUCUGCAUGGCAUGCGAGUAUUACACUCUCAGAUUUAAAUACGACAGCGUAUUGAACCAUGUCUUCAGCGAAACGCAUAUUCACAACUUGGCUUGCAUUUUACAAGCGGACAGGCACAUUCCGUUCCCGUCACAGGACUCGAGCAUCGAGAAAAUCAAAGAAAUUAAUCGGAAGUUCCUUUUGAAUCACAGCGUCAGCGAGGAAGGGAACGAGCUGUAUUGUUCGCUGUGCAAAUUUACAAUUGACUCGAAUGAAAGUAUCAUCCUGCACAUUCUAGAUGAGAAGCAUCUGGCCCGUUUGUCCGAUAAACUGUACCGCAAGAUGAAAACCAACAACCCAGAUGGUCCAGUGCCAGAUGAAUGGGGCCCGAAAAGCUACGACUGGGCGAAGUUCCUCGCCAGCGUUGGCAAACCCUUGAACAACCGCGAUCACGUCGUGAUCGAAAACUUCAUUAAGCCGGGAAAGGUAUCGAACUACUGCUCGUGCUGUGAUAUGGUGCUAAAGGGUCCUAGACAGGUGCUCUUCAACCACAUCCGCCAGAAGAAACACUUGAGGAACGCCGCACCGCAUAAGCUCGCCCUGUUGUACAAACACCACUGCCGACCAGCUGAGUACUUUGCCAGCUUCGGCAAUUUCUACGUCUGCACCAUAUGCCCAACAUACGUCGCUCUGCCAUCAUUCUCCGCUAUCGUCGAACACUUUGAAAGCUCCAUGCACAUCGAAACCAUCGCAAAGUUAAUCUGUUCGGCUCUAUACCCGAACGGUGAUCUCAAACUGUUGGAGUCCAACGAAGUGAUCAAUGGUCAGUGUGAAUUCUGCGAUGCCACAUUCAACGAUGCGUCGGAGGGUGUGAAACACGUGCUCUCCGACGUGAACCACCAAACGGCUGUGGCCGAGGCGAAGACUAAAGCAAACAGGGGCGACAUUAUAAGCGUGUACUUGCACGGUAACUACAUCCUGCAUAGCGAGGGAGCGCAGUUCACUUGCACGAUUUGCAGCGGUGUGUUCAACUCCAUCCGUUCGCUGUUGAACCAUCUGGUGUACGCGGACCAUUUCAAGCAGAAACCGAAUUCGGAGAACGUGUUCCGCUUCUAUCUCGAACUGAAGCAUAAUAUAAACAUGUUAUCCCGCAAUAAAUACGUGUAUUACGACUUUGGCAAGUUAAAGUGUGGUGUUUGUGACAGUGAUGUGGACGAAGGUGAGAAUGCGAAACGUCAUGUGGCUUCGUUGCGCCAUAAGGAGAACAUGGGGGCCAGUUAUGUUAAUGUCAGUUUGGACGCGUCUGUUGAAUGAUUUAUGUAUGUAUGAUACAAUGUACCUUGAGAACAACUGAGCACCUUGUUAUACCUACAACACGUUUCUGAGGUGAUAUUACGUUUUACACUGUGAAAAUUUUAAUAAAUGAAAUAAUUUUAUAAUUUA